GACCCUGACAUUUUACGAUUUGCUUGCCAAUAAAAUACACACGUAAACUUGAACCGAUUUCGAGAGGAUUUCUUCUAGUUUUCUCCUAAUUUCAGUGGAUUUCCUAAUUUUCCCGCGAUGGCCAGUGCAGUGUACAGAACAAUCAUCACCACGGCGGACAAAUUUGUGCCCCCAAAGCUUGUGCCACUGUGGAAUCACGCAGCAGGACCCAAGACGAUCUUCUUCUGGGCACCCGUCUUCAAGUGGGGGCUGGUCAUCGCGGGCCUCAGUGACCUCGCCCGGCCGGCGGAUCAGCUGUCCGUGGCGCAGUCGGGCUCCCUGUGCGCCACGGGGAUCAUCUGGUCGCGCUACUCCCUCGUAAUCAUCCCCAAGAACUGGGGACUCUUCUCCGUGAAUCUCUUUGUCGCACUCUCGUCGUCUGUGCAGCUCACGAGGGCGUAUCUGUUCAAGAAGGAGCAGGAGAAGAAGCUGGCCGCCCUGGAGGACGCCAAGUGACCCUGAGUCACUCAGUCUAGCCAAUGAACUCCAUAUCUCGAUCUGUGUUAAACCCGCGAAGCGGAAGUCGCCCAGAGCGAGGUAAACUUUUUCAGAACACUAUUUUUCUAGACUUGAUUUAUUGACUCAAGAACUGAAGUUGAUUAAAUUCUCUGUUGACUAAA